AUGUGGUUCCAGAACCGCUGGAUCAAGCAGAGGGAAGGAAGCCUGGGACAACAAGAAGGCAAAUGGGCCAAAAUGGACUGGGGCACCGCACAGAGGAACCUGGGCUCACAGAGCCACCACGGUCUGGAGCUGUCCCACUGUGUAGGCGCUGGCUCCUUGGGCCCUCCUGUGCCCUGGAGGUCUGGGGGGCCCUGUAAGAUGAAAAGGGUCCGCACGGUCUUCAAGCCAGAGCAGCUGGAGCGGCUGGAGCAAGAGUUCCUCAAGCAGCAGUACAUGGUGGGCACGGAGCGAGUGGACCUGGCUGCAACUCUGCAUCUCACAGAGACUCAGGUGAAAGUCUGGUUCCAGAACCGGAGGAUCAAAUGGAGGAAGCAGAGCAUGGAGCAGAAGAAGGCAAAGCUGACUCAGUUUGGAGUGAUUCAGCCUGCCACUGCGGACUCCACAGACAUCAAGGACCAUGAGGAGGACACUGUGGAUGUUGAGCUUUGAACAGCUCAUGAGAUUCUGCUGCUGCUGUUUCAGAGCAAAAACUGUAAAGACUUUACAGCUCUGCCUGCUUGGUGGUGAUAUCGGGGAUGCAGGCAGAGCUGUGCUUCUCUGGUCCAAAGCUCUUCUCUGAGAGCUGGAGCUACAGGACUAAACUGCUGUUGGCUGGGAGGAAAUGUCCCACUUAGAGGCUCUUGUCUCCUAGCUGUGUUGCAAUUSCUGAGGCUUAAGCACCAGGCUGGGAGUUCUGCCUCACGGUGCCCUGGUUGUGGCAUGACAGCUGAUCUUGUUUGCUCACUAUUGAKGUGCCAGAAAGCACAAACCAUUUCAGCAGAGAGGCUGGGGUGACAAUGACAUGGUGUCCCUGACUGUUGUAAGGGCAUUCGAACACAGUGUUACUUACUUAUGUGCCUUUGUGCUCCCAGGAGGGAGACCUGUGCUGGGGAGGUAGUUUUCUUCAGCUCAGUUUGAUGCCCCUGUUUAACGCUUAGAUCAAAACAAAUCAGAAAGUUCCUUGAUUCUACCCGCAAACUCUUGCGACGUUCUCAGUGAGAUGAGCUGGGCUUGAGCAAACAAGCGAGCUGCAGGGCAUCCCGCUGCCAGGACACCGGAGCUUUAUCCCAGGUUGCGCCCCUGCCUUUCCUGUGCCCUUGACUGGAUUUUAGCCCCAUGCGGUUGCCAUGCUGGGUCCCCAAGUGGCUGCAGAACCAGGUUCUGGGUGGAAGCCCCUGGUGUCCCUGAGAGCUGUGGGUGCUCUCAGCCUGCAGCAGAAGUGCCUUCUGUCCCGUGCACCCUUCGGUGUGCUCUUGCCUUUGCUUUAGCUUCCAAAACCCCCAUGACAGAGCCCAGGGUGUCCCCCUGCCUUCUGGCAUUGCCUUAUGUUGCUCGGGCUGUAUGCUGCAGAGCUGUAGGGAGCAGGACUUUCAUGAAAAGGCAUCUUUCAGACCCCUCUGAUGCUUCACACAACCUUAAUCCAGAUUCAAAUGCUGGGUGCCCUCCUCAUUUUACACCACAGUGCCAUGGGCAGCAGCACUGGUUGCUUUUGGCUCGCACAUGUGCAACUGCACAGUGUGAUUAAUAACUGAUUUUAGUGGAUGGAAGGGCUUUGGGGGGUCAGGACCAAGCAUCACGCUCUCCCUGAUGUGUUUUAGUGAUUCUUAGUGCUGGUGUCCCCACCAGCAGCAGCUAAGUGCUCUUAAGUGAGGCUGUCAGCACGUGGGCUGUCACCUUAUCCUCCUAGGUUUACCAAGCAUGAUUUCACAUGAGCUCAGGAUAAUUUAUUGUCUCUUCAUGACUUGGAAUGCUACAUAUCACUUUACUSUUAUAUUGUUAUUUAUAGAAAUAACU